AGAUUGUGAGAUUGGGCUACCUACGUCGUUGACUGUGUAAACAAAAACAUUAAUAUUUAAAUUCAUUUUGGAGCUCAGGCAUUUUUGUUAAACGAUGCUGGAUUAGAAAGUAGUUCGGCCACUCUGUAGUUCGUUAGUGAUUAGUGCGUGUUAAUGGCGUAAAUACAAAAAAGGAAUGAAUUGCUCGCUUUGUUUAAAAUUGUAAAUAUUUUGAUUUUUUUAAACAUGAAGUUAAAAGUGGACAGGGGUCUCCUCCCCGUGAAGAUACAUUUUUUCUUUUUCUUUGCGGCGUUGGGACCACUUUUGCCUCAGAUGAAUGUAUUCGGGCGGCAGCUAGGCGUGUCGCCCGGAGUCAUGGGCAUGGUGACGGCGGUCCUGCCCCUGCUGUGGGCAGCCGCUAAGCCCCUGUUCGGAUACGUCGUGGACUUCUGGCCGAGCCACAGAAAACUAGUCUUCAUGCUACUCAUACUGGUCAUGUCGGGAUCGUACUGUUGUCUCUGGUUCCUGCCGAUGCCAGAAGAAACGAACGACAGAGUUUUAGAGUCCGUAUACAGCCUCAACGAUACGAUUUUUCUAAAGCCCUACGACGAUAAAGAGCAGUUGAACAAAUUCAACUGUCAUUGGAAUUGCUCCACAGAUGAUAAAUUCAAUGUGUACCUGUCAAACUCAUCGUACAUUAGCACUAUGUAUGUGGACGGAAACGUGGCUAAUACGUCUUGCUCGCUCUUACACAUGCAAAUGAAUAGCUUGCGAGAGGGAGACAUAACAUGUCUGCCAGUUAAGAAUUGUAAUUUGUUGUGUUAUGAAGAGAACUUUAAUAGAACUAAAAGGGAAGAUAGGGGAUUUGAGAGUUUUAAUGUCACUAAUGGAAAUGUAAAAGUUGUUGAAAAUGAGGGUAGUUUUUACGUAACGGCCACGUUUUGGGCAUUCGUCGUUCUGAUGUGCGUGGGGACGGUCGCGUUUAAUGUUGCCAAUUGCAUCGGUGAUGCUGUGUGCUUUGAUGUGUUGGGGCCCAACCGGGGCUCCCAAUACGGGGCCCAGCGAGCGUGGGGCACCGCCGGUUACGGUAUUACCGCUUUACUCGGCGGCUGGCUCAUAGAUAUGUACUCGGGGACAUAUAAGGAUUUCACGCCAGCGUUCAUUAUAGCCCUAGUGGCUACUGUGGUUGAUCUGGCCAGCUGUAGGGCUUUGACGCUACCCUCACUAUCGAGUCCCGAAGACUCCGGCAAGGCGCUACGGGAAGUGUUGAAAAUACCGCGUGUUGUUGUUUUCAUCAUUUUCGCGGUUGUAGCGGGGACUUUCGAUAGCUUCAUCAUUUACUAUAUGUUUUGGUUUCUGGAAGACCUAGCCGAACAGACGGGAUCCAUGGCGCAAAUAAAACUGAUAGAGGGCGCUGUUGUAGCCGCGCAGAGUUUCAUAGGAGAAUUAUUGUUUUUCUUCUUUUCCGGAAAAAUAAUAGACCGUUGGGGUUACGGUGCUACGAUGACGUUUUCACUUUUCUGCUACGGCAUCAGGAUGAUAUUCAUCUCUUUCAUACAGCAUCCGUGGCAUUUGGUGUUUAUUGAAGGUAUAAUGCAAGGGCCGACAUACGCGCUAUGUUACUCUACAAUAGUAGGGUACGCGGCUCAUGUAGCACCCGAAGGUUAUUCGGCCACCGUACAAGGGAUCGUGGCGGGAAUGGAUGAUGGAGUUGGUUUUGCACUGGGGUCUCUAGUGGGGGGUCAGCUAUACGCGAGUGCGGGGGAGAGGGGCUCGUUCCGUAUACUCGCGGGGGUUGCUUUGAUAGCAUCAGUAUUACACGCGGUUCUGUUCAAGUUCGUUACUAGGAAACGGGUUGUUAAGAGACAGGAUGUGACGCAAGAGGAAGGAGAGAAAAUGUUGCCAAUUCAACACAAUAACUCUAUAUAUAGAGAAACCGUGUUGCCAGCUGAUAAGACUGAUAGAUAGUGCUGUAUCGAUAUUGAUGCGGUUCCCCAAUGUGAUAGCGUACCUCAAUUUUUUGAUGGAUUUUUUAAAAUAUACGUAUUGUUGAAUUUUCUAGGUUAAAGAGAAAGUAUUAAAACUUUUGUAUUUGUGAAAAAGCAAUAAUUUUUGUAAGUAUUUUGGCAGUUUUUAUAAAACUUUGUAUAAAUUAAGAUGUACGCCAUUUUAUUUUGUUUGUAUUAACUACGAGAAAAAACUUAUAUUAUUGUAAAAUAUAAUAAUUAUUAUUAUUCUAAGAGCUUUCAGAUAAAUAUAUAGAAUAUGUGGCUGUGUGUUGGUUGGUUCACAAAUGUCAUAGAAUCAUCACAUUUUGAUCAUUUUUUUCAUUAAAAUCGGUUCAGCAGUUCAAGAGAUACGAAUCAAAAUAUUAUUAUCUGAUAUGGAAUUUUUCCAUAUUGUUAACCGUUGUUACCAUAUUUGAGGCUUUAAAUAUUUUUGUUGAAAUAUAAAGUAUUUUUUUUAAUAAUAAUAUCAUUUUAUUUUAUUUUCAUGAUGUAAAAAUAGAAGAUUUUUAAAGAAAAGAGAAUUAAAGAUUUUGGUUCUUGAAACGCGGGUUCAAAUCCCGCCAAAAAGUGCCAAAUUUUCGUUAUUUAAAAAAAAAUAUUUGUUUACCAUUCAAAUAUUAAUUUUAAUGUCAUUAUAAUAUUAAUUAUUUAUUGUAUAUUAACGGUCUUGCUAAUAAAAUGUU